AUGAUUGACGAAAACAAUUUAGAUAUUUUGCAGCCAGUGGCUUUUGAUAAUUCGAUUGAAAGUUUCAAUUUUCUCACUUUUAAACCAUACAAUAAUGCUGGAUUGGGAUACAGCGAUGAAAUCCGGAUACCUGUACACAAUCGAGACCUUAUCACCGCACCUUAUGCUUCAUACAUAUACAUUGCUGGCACUGUCACUCGCAACAGCACCAUUCAUGUUCAUCGAAUGACAUAUAAUGCUCUCAUGCAUUUAUUUACGAACAUAACAUUGGAAGUGAAUGGAACCCCUGUGGAUAAGGUGGUCAAUGCAGGAAUGACUACUACCAUUAAAUCAUACUUAUCAAAAACAAUGGCUGAAAGCAAAUGCUACGAAUCAUGUGGAUUUCAUCAUGCAACAAAUCCCUAUUCAACCACUUACAAACUAACUAGUGCUGGUACUUUUCAAGUAUACAUCCCAGCUCGUUAUGUGAUGGGUAUUUUUGAGGACUAUCGCCAUCCAUUUUUCAACUGUUCACUAGAACUGAUUUUAUCAAGAGCUGCAGAUGAUAGAAACAUUUUCAUUUACCCAGGAAGGGAACCAGCAACUGCUGCAGAUGAUCAUGUUACUGCAGCCAAUCCUGUCAUCACACUUAGUGAAGUAUCCUGGAAAUUACCUGUACUAAAAUUGGCAGAUGCGUCUAGACUUAACUUGUUGAAAAUAAUAAAAGAUAACCGAUCCAUACCGGUUGCAUAUAGAUCAUGGGAAUUGUUGGAAAAUCCAACUUUACAACAAACUACCAUUCAUACGUGGAAUAUUAGACAAAGUCACGCAUUAAUUAAACCAAGGUAUGUGAUUGUUGCCUUUCAAACAAAUAGGAGAAAUGUAUACUCUUCAGAUGUAUCACUCUUCGAUGAGAUCAAUUUGCAAUCGUUUCAAUUGUGUUUGAAUGAUGAAAGGCAUCCAUAUGAAUUACCCAACUUGGAUAGAACCAAUAGUCAACGAGAAUUGCUGUAUAAUUUAUUCUCGAGAUUUCAACCAUCCUAUUAUCGAAAACCAUACACUGAAACAAGCAUUUCAGCUACAGACUUUUUCAGUAACAAUUCUCCCAUGCCUAUGAUUGUGAUUGAUUGUAGUAAACAAAAAGAACAAGAAACUAAUAACCCUGGUCCAUUAAAUGUACGUUUAGACUUUACUACUUCUUCAAAUGUCCCUGCAAACACCACUGCUUAUUGUUUGAUUAUAUAUGAUAGACUAUUCACUUACUCAUCCUUUGAUGGUACAAUUAAGCAAUUAUUGUAA